ACCACUUUAGUCGCUACGGUCCUUUCGCACAGGCUCUCAGAAGGGUUUAUUGUGUCUGUCCGUCUGGAGGCGAAAUUUGUAUCCGAUUUCUCGAUUCCAAAAUUGAAUUAAGAAAACUUUGAAAAUGGCCGGGGGCAAGGCGGGAAAGGACAGCGGGAAAGCGAAGGCCAAAGCAGUGUCUCGAUCUCAGCGGGCGGGGCUGCAGUUCCCCGUAGGCCGAAUCCACAGGCAUCUGAAGACCCGCACCACCAGCCAUGGGCGCGUGGGAGCCACGGCGGCCGUCUACAGCGCCGCCAUCCUGGAGUACCUCACUGCUGAGGUGCUGGAGUUGGCGGGAAACGCCUCUAAGGACCUGAAGGUGAAGCGCAUCACGCCCCGCCAUCUGCAGCUGGCCAUCCGCGGCGACGAGGAGCUCGACUCGCUCAUCAAGGCCACCAUCGCCGGAGGAGGAGUGAUCCCACACAUCCACAAGUCCCUGAUUGGGAAGAAGGGUCAGCAGAAGACUGCAUAGGCCGGACCUCCGGGAUCGCCCGGCUGUGCUCCUGUUCAGACAGGCCGAGGCAGGAACUGAACCGGAGAGCAGAUUUUUUUAUUUGAUUUUAUUUUUAUUUUUUGUAUUUUAAAUUUUUUGUUCUUUUUUUAUUGUAGUUAAAGAUGAGUGAUUGUUAGACUUUGCGUUGUAAUAUUAUUAAAAAACAGACAAAAAAGCUAGGGGUGGGGGGGGGUUGGGAAUGCAACAAAUUUUGUGUUAUUUUAGAUUGUUUAAAGGUGUGAAUCAACUUUUAAUGUUGUGACCACAAAUUUGUUUGAUUUGGCGAGGGCUUUAAAAGUGUUUUAUACUGAGAAAUGGAAUUGUUAAACCAUUUUUUACAAACGAAA